AUGCAGGAUAACGCCCCUGUUCAUACAGCAAAUGUUGUGAAAGAUUGGCUAAGGGAGCAGCCUUUCGAAGUAAUGGAAUGGCCACCUCAUUCGCCGGAUUUGAAUCCUAUCGAGAAUCUUUGGGCGUUAUUGAAGACAAAGAUAUACGAUAUUCAUCCAGAGCUGCAUACAAUGCCAGAUAACGACGAAACCCUUAAACAUUUGGUUAGCUAUGCUCAGGAGGCAUGGUCAGAGAUUGAUCUAUCAGUCUUAGAAAACUUAGCUGAGACAAUGUCUAAUAGGGUGCAGGAGAUCAUUGAGAAUGAUGGAUGGUAUACUAGCUAUUAG